AUGAGGGGGGAAGAGAGGAGAGCUUGUGCUUCAUACCGCUUCCCGUCUGCCAUGGCUGCCCCUGGAUGGUGCGCGCUCUGGACCUUGUGCGUCUGCUUUACGGCUUUGCAAACAAAUGCUCUCAGGGUGACAAUGAGAGAGUCCACAAUGGAGGUGGUCCGAGGGGAUUAUGUCAUCCUUCCCUGCUCCUUCUUCACCUCCAGCCCGCUUUCCCGACUCAACAUAAUCUGGACACUGGCUCCGUUCUCCAGUCCAGAAUCUCCCAUUCAGGUGAUCGUGUAUGACCACGGUCAGAUUAUUGAAGACCCUUCGCUUAUUGGGAGGGUGGGCUUUACAGGUCUCCCGUGGAGUGCCGAUAUCAUGGUCAAUGACACUCGCGUGUCUGACGCCGGGGUUUAUCGCUGCAUGGUUAACAACCCUCCGGAAGCGGCGGACCCUGGAAUAGGGGAAUUGCUGCUCACUGUUCUGGUUGCACCAUCAUUGCCCGCAUGCCGGUGGGAUGGCGACAUGGACACCGGGGGCAGCGUCACCUUGUCGUGCUCAGUUGCCGAGGGCAUUCCCACUCCGGAAAUCCGCUGGGAUAAACUCAACCCCGAGGAGAUUUCACUACCCAUCAACAUGGAAGGCGAGCUGUCGGGUUCAAUCCAAAUCAUCAACGUGUCUGCGCAGACGUCCGGCCUGUAUCGAUGCUCUGCCUCCAACCUGCUCGGAACAGAGAACUGCUACAUCAACCUGUCCAUCUAUAGCGGUGAAGAGAGUUCCUCAGGGAUCCUCCAGGGGGUGCUGCUGACCCUAUCCAUGAGCCUAAUGCUGUUAGCACUGCUGGUUCUCAUGACGUGGCUUCAUCGCACUGGCCAGGAUGGUCGAUGGAGGGUCUCCAAGGAGGAAGAGGAGGAGGAAGGCUACAACGAAAUACGCUACACUCCGUCCCUCAUGAAACGCUCCUUUGUGUAA